AUGACCAGGGGGACUGAUCCUCAACACGGAUCCACUAAACGUGGGGGAGAAUCAGGGGAAAACCUGUUACGCGCUGCUCGGGCAGGCGACCUGAAGAAGGUUAUAGACUUGAUAAAUUCCGGCGUUAAUAUAAAUGCCACCAAUCCUACGGGUUUGACAGCACUCCACUUGGCGGCAAAAGAGGGUCACACUGCGGUAGUAAAGGAGUUGAUUCUUCACGGAGCAGAUGUUAACGCUACCUCGAAAAAGGGGAACACGCCUCUCCAUAUCGCCUCCCUUGCUGGUCAUCUGGGUGUUGUUCGAGCUCUUGUUGAUGCAAAUGCAAAUCCCAACUGUCAGUCAGUGGUUGGCUUCACUCCUCUCUACAUGGCUGCACAAGAGAACCAUCUAGAUGUUGUUAUCCUUUUACUCAACAAGGGUGCUAACCAGUCACUCACAACUGAGGACGGUUUCACACCGCUAGCAGUGGCAUUGCAACAGGGUCACGAUCGCGUCGUGGCCACUCUACUGGAACGGGACACCCGAAGUCGUGGCGGACUUCCAGCUCUCCACGUAGCAGCUCGCAAAGACGAUGUCAACGCUGCCAACCUCCUGCUCAUGAGCCCUGAUGCCAAUGUCAAUCACCAGUCUCAGCCGGGUUUCACGGCACUACACAUCGCUGCACACUACGGUUCGACCAACGUUGGCGCUCUCCUCAUUCAACGCGGUGCGGAUGUCAAUUUCCAAGCCAAGAACAACAUCACUCCACUGCACGUGGCGGCCAAGUGGGGUCGGGUGGCGAUGGUGAAGCUAUUGCUAGACAACGGCGCUUCGGUGGACAGUCGAACGCGUGACGGUCUGACGCCCCUCCACUGUGCUGCACGCUCCGGAUACAACAACGUCUGCACUAUGCUCAUUGAUUCCGGCUGCAACCCCUCCGCUAAGACCAGGCAAUCAUCGGCUCAAAAACAGCGAUGCUAUACAAUCAAAAUCAUCCAAAAUAAAUAUGGAGCCUUCAGGACCAGCCUCUUGAAGUAUUGCGUUCGCGUCGCCUCCAAUCAGCUAUUUCCCGAUUUCACACAGCGUCGGGACAUUGGAACCGUGAUGAAAGUUCGACUAACUUGUCAAAUUUUCGACUCCCCCUCUUGUCUUUCACAGAAUGGACUCACACCACUGCAUAUGGCGGCCCAAGGCAAUCAUGAUGAGGUGACAUGCAAUCUCAUUGCCCGUGGUGCAAGUCUACAGGCUACAACUGGGGACUUCCUCAAUCCCCUCCACGUAGCUGCUCACUGUGGUAACUUGAAGGUGGCCCGUAUUCUCGUCGAAAGGGGCUGUGACAUGAAUGCGCGUGCUCUGAACGGAUUCACGCCACUCCAUAUCGCCUGUAAGAAGAACAAGAUCCCCGUGGUGGAACUGCUUCUUAACCGAGGUGCGCAGAUCUCCAGCACUACAGAGGCCGGACUGACCCCAUUACAUGUGGCAGCAUUCAUCGGGAGCCCGGACCUGGUGCGUCUGUUACUGGAGCACGGUGCCUCAGUGGAACAGGCAACGAUGCGUGGUGAGACGCCCCUCCAUUUGGGUGCGCGAUCUUGUAAUCUGGAAGUCGCUGAGCUCCUGCUCACUCACGGAGCUGCUGUUGACGCCAAGGCGAAGGAUGACCAGACACCGCUACACAUCGCUACGCUUUGCGGCUCCGCGGACAUGGUCCUUCUCUUGCUUAAGUUCGGCGCCAAUCCCAACAUGACCACUCGCGAUGCCUACACCGCUCUCCACAUCGCUGCUAAAGACGGUCGUGCCGACAUUGUCCAGUGCCUUCUAGCCAGUGGAGCUGAUCCUGAUGCCAGGACCAGGCGUGGUUUCUGUCCUCUACACUUGGCUGCGAAGCGAGGUCGCGCGGAGGCAGCGCGCACCUUGCUGCAGGUGAUGCGACCCGAACUGGUCAACGCGGUGGGUCGCAACGGUCUCACGCCGCUUCACAUGGCCGCGCACUACAACCACGUACCCCUUGUCCAACUCCUCCUUGAGUUCGAUGCUGAGGCUGAUAGACCGGCGGGCAAUGGCUAUACAGCGUUGCACAUUGCGGCGAAGCGGAACCACCAGGACCUUGCAGCGCUCCUGUUGGCCAACGACCGCGACCCCAUACGGAGCACCAAUCGCGAGUCGCGCUGCGGUUUCACACCCCUCCAUCUAGCUGCUCAGGAAGGUAAUUCUGACAUGGUUGGACUGCUCCUCCUCAAUGGGGCCGAUGCCGAGCACAAGGCUAAGCACGAAAGUGGAGUCGCUCAGUUCGCCUUCUUGGCCAUGUUCACUUACAGCGUUCGGUCCUUUUGGUUGGAGCUCUCAAUGACCCAUGCUAAUUUAAACUAUCCACAGAAUGGUGUAACUCCAAUGCACCUAGCGGCAUUGGAGGACCACGUAACCGUGGCACAGCAGUUAGUGCACGAGGGGGCACAGGCCACGGCGAUGACACAGGCGGGCUACACGCCUCUGCACACCGCUUGCUACGCUGGCCGCCUCAAUAUGGCGCGCUUCCUGGUGGCUCUAGCUACCUCCGACAUCAACGCGGCUACCAACACAGGCUUCACACCCCUCCACCUGGCUGCGCAGCAGGGCCACUCUGACAUUGUUUACCUCCUCCUUGAACACGGUGCUGAUCCCAACGCAAGAAAUUCGCAAGGUCUGACGGCGGCUCAAAUCGCCCGUCACCAGCACUACCUGACCAUCUUCGACACACUUCGCACCGUCACCACGGUUAUCACCAACUGGGAUGACGUCAAGGAGACAUACGAUACGGAGAUCCUCCUUGAUCUACCGGAGAUUGUAACCACCGCUAAGGAGGCUGCCGAGGCCGUCGAAUCGGAUGAGGAGGGGAUGGCAUUGUCGCGAAAGGUCGGCAGGACAACGGCGUAUCCCUCGCAAUAUCAGGCGGAGUACGUCAAAACCUCCUCGCAAGCGGCCAACACUCUUCAUCCCUCUGAAUCUGCGUACGAGAACGAUCUAAUUUGGGGCGAGAUGGAGUACCUGAGUCAACCACUUCGAGUUCCAAAUCGGGAGUCCAUCAAGGCGAGCGAGGAUGUCACCUCAUUGACGGGUUUUACUGAUACAGUUGCCUUCUCGACUGAGUCCCCUACCAUGCAGACUGGCCAGUAUCUGCUGGAGUUUCCCUCUGACGAACAAGUGUUGCACGAGACCUCCGUGGUUCCCCAACACAAUACCAGCCUCUCUGCUACUCUUACUAGCGAUCUCCACAUGGGAGAGAGCUCAAGGGUAUUAGCAGGUCCAGGUGAUAACCUAGACGCGGAAUGGGAGAUGGAAACGGAACCUGUUAUGAGUACUUCAAAGAAACCGCUGGCUGGAGGCUUUCUGGUCUCCUUCCUUGUGGAUGCACGCGGUGGCCUACUGGAGUCGAAGCGCUAUCCAGGCAUGCGUUUCAUCAUUCCACCCAACGCCUCGGUUGGACCACUUCGCAUCAUUUGUCGCCUCCUGCGCUAUCCCUCCUAUGCCAUCCAACCGCCUCUCAAUGAUGGCGAGGGUCUGGCUUGUCGACUAAUUGAAGUGGGUCCAGUGGGCGUCCGUUUCAAUGCGCCUAUCCUCAUCGAGGUGCCCUACUGCGCUUCACUACGAAGCAGCCAACGCGAAAUUGUUGUACUUCGCUCGGAGAACGGUGAGAUUUGGAAGGAGCACCCAGUUGAUCCUACUGAUCAGGCCGUCCAGGACUCCCUCGGUGAAUACUUUGUUGAUGCGACUCCCUCCACCGAAUUGCGUAGACGUCGAGUGCACCGCAUACUUACCAGCACCAUCCCACAAUACUUCGCUCUGAUCACACGCACCCGCCAGGACCUCGUGAUCGUCGGUCCCGAUGGCUACGUCCUCACAUCUAGCGUUGAUCCUCAGGUCAAGGUCACAUUCCCUAGGGGUGCCCUACAGAAGAAGAUCCGAGUGGGAUUGCAGGUACAGACCGUGGAUCCUGGCCUCGUGGCCGCGUGUCUCGGCUCGCCACGUAUCGCCGUCUCACCGAUUGUGACGAUAGAGCCGCGUCGACGCAAAUUCCAUCGCCCCAUUGUGGUCUUUAUUCCUCUGCCUACGGUGGCAGGAAAGGGGGCUCAGCAACAGCAGAAGGGACAGGCGCCACCCGAUCUCUCGACUGUGCGUCUACUCUGCUCCAUCACGGGCGGUACGGCGCCGGCCAUUUGGGAAGACAUUACGGGCAGUUCACCGUUCUCGUUGCAGAAGGAUUGUGUCUCCUUCACCACUACUGUCUCGGCUAGACUGUGGCUUAUUGACUGCCCAAACCUCUCGGAGGUCUCGGAGAUGGCCAUGCGGGUGUACAGUGAGGCAACAGCAGUGCCUUACCUGGGCCGUUUUGUAGUCUACGCGCGUCGUCACCAUCCUGAAGAGGCACGUAUCCGUUGCGUCUGCCUUACCGACGACUCAGAGCAGAAGACUCUUGAGUGUCAGGAGGGCUUCGAGGUUGUGGCUCGCAGCGGAGAAGGCGGCAUGUCUUCCGAACUCCCCACCACUAGUGCUGAUUCCGAAGGUCUGGUGGAGUUUCUGCACAACCGGCCCGUGUGGCUCGAAACUGCGGGUAAUCUUGUGCCUGUCGCUGCUUCCCAUGCCGCCUCCACCACAGAUAUCACUACCGUGGUCGAUCAACUGCGCUUCCCCAGCAUCCGCGCCUUCGAGGAGAACCGAUUAAACGUGCUCCUACGCAUCAAAGAUCUAAACUCUCCUCCUGCUGGCCAUUUGGCCUUCAUGCCACAACAGAGGCAGCCUGGUGGUGUUUCCGUGAAUCCUCUUUGCGUUCUUGAUCUCCUGCUUCCGCGCAUGGUGGCAAGUUCUAUUUCUGAGACGGAGGUAUCAGCUAGGCGACACUCCUCACAGAAGGGCACUGCUACAGCAGCCACUGGUACAGGUGCAACUGCAGCCUCUUUGGGGAAUUUUUUCAAUAGCAACGUCAAACACAGCUCUUCGGAUGAAGGGAUGGUGGAGUCGAUAGCGCGGUCGGAUUUGGAUGUGAAGAAGGUUGCCGUUAACUUGGGCGCAGAUUGGGUCUACCUCGCGCCGUAUUUGGGCCUCUCGGCGCAGGAUGUCAGCGACAUUCGGGCCAAUGGGGUAGACAGUGACUAUAAAAUGGCCCUGACGUGUCUAACUCUUUGGCAGGAGAGAGCUGGACCUCAGGCUACGGGAACGGCACUAGCACACGCACUGAAGCAGGCCGGUCGUGAAGACGUGCUGCGCCAGAGUAUGCAGAAUAUCAGCCUCGUACAAACCGACCCUGAGCUCUCGCACGCUCUGCGUAGUCUGGAAGCUGCAGACAAAGCGCCGACUGUCGGGCAAGUGGAGGGUGAAAAGGCAAAGGAGAUGAUUACAGAGAAGGUGGAGGUGGAAGCAAAACCGCAUCAAGGUGUCAUUGAACCGGCAAUUGUUGAUGAUGGAGUGCUAGAGAUGGCCAUUUCACCACCUACAGAAGCUUCACCACAGCAUAAAGAGACCAGCAGUGAGGAGAGGAAGGCCGCCCUAGAGGCUCUGGCCGUCCAACUGAACGAAGACAGCUUUGAGUUGCCUAGCGCAGCGGGUCCUGCCGAUACUGGUGACACUGAUGGUGUCAGUGAAAAGGAAGUCGUGGCUGUGGCAGUGAAACGAAAUGUACAGUUGGAAUCUGCAGUCCCCGCCUUUUUGCUGGAAGAGAUGCGACAGCAGGAGGAUACUACGUCCACUCUUGAUGCCGCACCUCGCAACGAGCCGUUCGAUAUCGAUGUUGAUACUGCUUCCACCACUGCCGUGGUCGGAGUCGAAGGUAGCACCUUGAUCAGCACACCUACGGAUGAGAAUGCACGAAAACCAUCGGUGCAUGCGGAGUUAACUAUAUCGGGGUUAACCCAACCGACGCUCGAACGGACUCCCGAGAUGGCUUCUGAGGAUGGUAAAUCCCUCUGGAUAGCUCCUGGAGACGCCAAGGAGUCCUCGACCAAUGGUGACCUUGAAGCAAAGGUGGAGGCGGAGGUGGAGCAGGCGGUGGCGAUGGAGUCAGUAGAGGCGCAAGGUGAUGUCAUCAUCCAACCCGUGGCGGUACCGAUGUGCGGUGUGUCCGAGGCCACAUGGGGCAGGGCACAGUCGCCGCCCCCCUCGCCUGACUUUGACAUUCCUCUGAUUGUGCCCACUGUAGUUGAGAGGCUAGGUUUUGGCGGCUCUCUCGAUUCCUCGAACACAAUGUACACAGAAGCCAAGUCACCUCAGUACCUGCCACCACAGGAAUCCGAUUUCAUUGGUCCUCCCACACCUCCCGAACGUACUUACAGCCAUUUUCAACACCAUCAUUCACCCGUUCAACUUGGAUCUGCUGCCUCGCCGUCAUUGUCUUCAUCUACUCACCUUUCUAUCACCCGCACGAUUUUGGAGAAGUCCCUCGACCGUCCAUUGCCUCCGUACGUUCCCCCACACCUCACCGAGAUGGACAUCUCCCCAGCCGAGUCCACAGAGACAUUUCGUGCCGACUUUACAACUCAGGAGGAUUAUACUAUCCUCCCCACCGCUCCGACUGAUUCCAUCAUUUCGGGAGAGUUUGUGCUGGUCCGUCAGACAAUUGACGAUUCAAACACACCGCGAGUGAAACAGGACACAAAGAUGAUAGUGCCCGUACCCCUCCAUGCCACUACUAGCCUUGGUCAAGGCCCCCUCAUCGGACCUGGAAAGUGUCGCGUUACCACGGAGUCGCGACAACAGGCCUUUCUGGAUGGUCACUUUCGACUGCGACGCUCUGCUGCCAGUUCGAGAAGACACGAGAAGAAGGAGGAGGUGGAACAGUCACCACCCGAACCACCAAGGAGAACGACCUCGUUGCGCAGUGGAAGCACUUCGACCCUCGCCAGUAUGGUGCCCCUGAGACCGCGGCAAUCGAGUCAUAGUCCCAUUCCGGCUGCUUCAUCACCAGAGGACUCCCAACUGCAAAGCAUUCCGCUGUAUGUAGCCAACCCGCUAGUCGAGUCGCCUGUGGUAGACUCCUACAUCGAAUCCUAUCUCGUCUCCUCCUCCCUCCCUCUCUCUUUUUCCUUCACCACCAACAACUUGCCCCUCACACCCAUCCCCGAGGCCUCCGAGUUCUCCCUCCGAUCGUCCUUUGCUAGUACGGUAGCUACUGGACCCAUUGGAAGUUCAAACGGUAGCAUUCCACGUUCUACUGGGCGUAGAAUUCGCGACAUCUCAUCGGCACAGCUGACGCCUCUACCACCGAAUUCUCUCCGCUCUUCGCUUGAAAACAAUCCUUUCGAUCAACUAGUGGAAAACCAGAUGAAGGGGGGUUUUACUGGCCCCUCAAGUUUGGGUUCCUCCUCACUUAAUGAGUUUCUUCGUCUGGAGGAGCAAGAGAGCUUGACAGAUGACCUGGAGAAGCAGCUGAUGGAGGGACAGGGAGAUGACCGCUCUUUAGUGGAAUCGGUGGUGGAAGGCAUGCGAAAUGUGGAGGAGGGGGAGGGUGAGACGACGAGUUUGUCUCGGUCCCUGGGUCCCUCAAUUCUCAUGGGGACGGAUUCCACUUCGAUGCUGUCCUCGUCCUUUGAAAUGGCGCCCUCGUUUGCAUCUUUGGCACAUCCUGGAGCUGACAUUGAAACGGGGUUUGGUCUGCGAGCGGAAGGUAGUGACGUCUUCCAGCCUUAG